GUUUUACCCUUUAUAUAAAAAUCAUUAACAAAUUAGAAUUAUAAAUAUUAAAUAUUAUUUUAAAAAUAAUAAUUAACUUGGCGCAUAGAGUGAAGUCAACCACUUUUUUUCUAUGCGAGAAAAAUUAAAAGUCCAACGUUGACCCGGUCCGAACCCCUCGAUCGUUGAACAGAUUGGCGUUGGAAACAACCCGCCCGACUUUUUCUCUCCUCCUUCUCGCCCACAACAAAACUAACGAACAAUCUGCAAAUUAAAAAUCCCCUUUCGCUUCGAGGAUCAUGGAUUCAUCAUCGUUUCUCUCCAGUAGUUGACUUGGCAUGGCUUCCUCGAGAGCAAGCGCUCACCUGAAGAAGACUACGUCGAUCUCAUCGUCUCCAACCAGUCCCGAUGAGAUUUACGGGCGGCGCGCCGCCAAACCGUCGGCCUUGGGUUCGCCUCAGAGGGAGACAACUGUUACGCCGCAGCGCAAGCCUUUGAUUCGACCCGCCACCGACAGCGCCGCCAAAGUUGGGAGAACCCGUACCCCGCCGCAAACUGCAGCCGUACCCGCAGCCGCCAAUAAAUCGCGUACUCCGGGUGCAGCUAGAAAGCCGGCGGAGAAGCCUCCGUCUCCGUCACGCCAACCUCUUAAGUCGCCGUCGACGACGAAUGCGACCGCCAAAGCUAAGACGCCGAAACCUGCCACUUCCACCGCUUCGCGGGUUGUAGCGUCUUCAAAGCCAGGGAGCGUAUCGGAGAAAGCGAUCAGAGCUCCGAGGGCCGGCGUUGGCGGGGCUCAAUCGACCGCGAAGGUGCGUAGUCCAGCGAGAAACGUCGUGACCGGACAAAAGGCGUCCAGUACUUCGGCGGCCGACGCUACCCGAAGGGCAGCAUCAAUUGAGGAGCCGUCGGUUACAACUGACCCAGUUCAUCUCGUCGUCACUUGCUCGGAAAGCCAUGUCUCCGGUGAGAAAAAUGGCAUCGUCGAGGGAAAAGCCGAAACCAAGGAAGAAACAGUACUCACUGAGACUGACGAAGCCAUCGAAGAAGAGAAUAUAAACUUAGAAUCUCAACGACCAGAGCAGCACGGUUCGCCGGAGCAAAAUCUCGACGGAAGCAGAGUGCUUGAGAUUUCCGACGAGGAACCGCCGGCUGAUGAGAGCAUCGAACAGCCUCGCCGAGAUGAAACAGAAGGCGCGAAUUUAACGAUGACUGAACCACGCGCGGUCGAAGUCGAGGAGACUGGAAGCGACGUAUCUCCGGCGGCAGAGUCAACUACGGAGAAGAUUGAGGCCGAGGCAGAUCAUGCCAGAAAGGCUCCAGCGCCGGCGCGGGCAGAGCCUAGGAGGGCGGCGCUAGAUGAGAACGGAGGGGAGGCGGCGCCGACGCUGAUGGUGUUUAAGAAGCCAACGUUCUUGCAGGCGAAGAAGAAAGAGGAGAAGGUGAGCAACGACGUGAUCGAGGAGACCUGGAGCAAACUGUUGGAGAAGAGGAAGAGCAAGGUGAGGGCUCUGGUCGGAGCAUUCGAGACGGUCAUCUCGCUGCAGGAUGAAGGUCAACCUGGUCAAAGCCCGGAGACAACCUCCGACAAAGAGCCAACGGAUUCAACUUAGAGAUCAGGGUUGUGGCCGCCUUCUCCUUCUCCUUCUCCUUCUCCUUCUCUCUGCUGAUUAAACAUUAAUUGGAGUGGUGAUGAUUCAUGUACAGUUGUGU